CUUUCUUUUUUUGUGUUUUUUUGGACGAAGACUUUUCUUAUCGGAAACUUUGUUUUUUCGUAAGGAAAUUCGAUUGUGUUUUUUUAAAUUGAGAACGUGAUAUUUUUGAAAUAAUGUGUUAUAGAAGCGCAUUGAAAUGAAUUCGCGAAUGCCUUGAGCAUUGUGGCAAAUACGUUAUUGAAAUCUUUAUUGCUAAAUAUUGAUGAAAAUGAAUUUUGAAGAUCACGACGAAUUUUUGUGCAGAAUUGCUAAAACCCUGUACUAUGGGAAAACGUCAUCAUUUGACUCGGUCAGCCUUCCUUUAACUGAACUUGCUGCUGAACUAUACAAUGAAGUGAAGAAAGACAGUGGCUUGGAGCGACUUCAGGUUAAAGAGGUCGCAGAAUUCAAUCAGAAUGCCUGCGUUUCCACUUGUUCUCUAGUAUUAGCGAUACUGUAUUUGGAAAAAAUAAAGUCUGCAAAUCCUGAAUACAUAGAAAAGGUUGCUCCAUCGGAAUUACUGCUCGUUUCUUUGCUUGUUGCUUCCAAGUUUCUGAAUGACGAUGUCGAAGAAGAUAUGGUGUUGAAUAGUGAAUGGGCUGUUUGCGCAGGGUUAACGGUUAAACAAGUUAAUCAAAUCGAGAAAAAAUUCUUACAAGCUAUUAAUUGGGAAAUUUAUGUGCCCGAAAAUAAAUUUUGGUCGAGGUUGUUAGAAAUGGAAAAAUAUCUGGCCAAUCAAGAAGGAAAAAGACGAGGAUGGUACUCCUAUACCGAAUUAAGUAUUCUUUUAUGUUUCAAGGAUUUCGAAGUUGUUAAAGAUAUGUUGACUUGUUAUCUCAUGUGUUGUAUUAGCUACACAGCUAGUGUAUUAUCAAUGAUUGGUUUCGGUUUAUUAGCCAUUCAAGUUCGGGAUAUCAUUAUGAACAACGUUUCAUUUAAUGGAUUAAUCUCGGAAUCUGGAUUAUCUACGACUUGUUGUUCUUCCGCUUCGAAUACAACCGAUAUUACCAACCCACCUUUUGCUGCAUUUAGCAACGCUUCUGAAAUUUCAGAUGAUUUAUUAACCGAUGAAAUUGAUUCGUGCGACUUGAAGACUCUUAGUACUGAAAAUAGCUGUGAUAAUACAACCUGUUCUCGUUGUUUUUCCAAUGUCACCUCUGAACGUUUUUAUUUAUCAGUUAAAUUACCUCUAACAUAUACGGAAAUAUUGAACUUACUUCAGCGGAAUAAGAAGUCUAAUGUAAUUAAGAAAAAAUCGUUAAUAUUUACCAAGUACGUGUGACGACUAAUGUAACGAAGUCGUGCGCUUGAAUAAUUUAUGAAUUUUUUCUAAAAAAAAUUAACGAUUUCAUUCCCUAUUGUUUUCUUGUAUUGAUUGUUCUGAGUUUUGUUGUUGUAAGUUUAAAUAAUAUAAUUUCCAAAAUUUAUAAAAUUUUGUAUUUGAAACAUUGAGCAUUAAAAAAAUUGAAAAAACUUGUUUAAUUCUAAUUCUUAAUUAGAUACUUCUUCCGCUGUACUUAUUUUACAAAGCUUAGCUAAUAAACCGCUCAGCUGUAAAAGUGAAUUGACGCCUUGCACUAUUCUCAAAUGGGUUAACCCGAUUUCCUG